UUGCAUUUACUGACCAUGAAUCUAAUUUCUCUCUCCUCAGUAUGUACACCUGAUCAACUUAACGAGCUAAAUAGCUGUGGAUCUUAUGUGGAACUCGGGUUCUGCGAGCCAGAUUCCUUGUUUUUUAGCUUUGCGCUUCAGAAUUGCUUUUUCUCCUGUGGAUUUUGUCAACGUCCACCGACCACUUCACCACCGACCACUGCUCCACCAGUAUGCCUUGCAGACACAUUGGAGAGCUGCGAGGCCUAUCUGGCCUUGGGUCUCUGUGGGCCUGACAGCUUUUUUCGUGACUUUUUAGCCGUAAACUGCAACGCAACAUGUGGAAAUUGUAUUCCUACAACAACCAUGCCACCAACGACGACUGAGGCUACCACUACCAUCGCACUAACUACUGAGGCUACCACGACCAUGGCACCAACGACUGAGGCUAACACGACCAUGGAACCAACGACUGAGGCUAACACGACCAUGGCACCAACGACGGAGGCUAACACGACCAUGGCACCAACGACGGAGGCUACCACAACCAUGGCACCAACGACGGAGGCUACCACGACCAUGGAAGCAACGACAGAGGCUGCGACAACUGUUGCAGAGGAUGCCUGUCUGCAAGCUCAUAAUGACAAGCGUGCUCUUCAUGGGACAUCAGCGCUGAUCUGGAAUUCUACGCUAGCUCAACAUGCGCAAGAAUGGGCAGAAUACUUGGUGUCAAUUAAUGAUUUGCAGCACGAGCGAAAUAUAGAUGAGGGGGAAAAUCUGUACGCAUCCGUUUCACAAGUUCAAGGCACGUGUGCACAAGCUGUAGAAUCAUGGUACAGUGAGGUGUCUCUCUAUGACUUUCAGAAUCCACCCACAACGCCCCAGGAAUUUUUCGACAUGGGAGCUGGUCACUUCACUCAGGUUGUUUGGAAUGCAACCACAAGUGUCGGAGCGGGUCUUGCCACCAUAGGGCCGGAUGCAUCGGGCGCAAUUCAAACCUAUAUAGUGGCUCGGUAUUAUCCACAGGGAAACAUUCUCGGAAAGUUUGGUCAGAAUGUUUUUGAACCAGUGGGACCUUGAAUAUGAAAACCGCCAAAACCAGUGGACUGCCAUGAUUGCAUUUCCAAAUCUCGGCGAGAAGGAAAAAGAAUGCUUCCUUCGGAGAAUUUACAUCUCUUUUCUAAAUUCAUUUCAAUUCAGUUUAAAAUGUUUAGUCCUACAAUGAAAGUGAUUUCUUUACGAUAUUUCAAAAUGCCUUAGCUGAGGAAGAGUCAGGUGAUAAAUUAUCAAGUUUUGUCAUCCACGGUUUUAGUGACAGGGCAGGAAAACUAAAUGAAACAUUUGUUAAUUAGAAGAUACAUCUCUGUUUUCUGCGAGAAAAUAAAUAAACUUGGCGUGUCGUUAUUAUCCUU